AUGAAACGGCUUGGAAGGAGCGUUGACGGCUUCUGUUUUAGAACCCAAUUUGGGGAAUGAUUUAUAGUUGUGAUGAGGCCUAAUAAAUCAAUUGGGUUACAAAAACUUUUUCCAGUGAACAAUCUUGUUUUGUUUCUAAACCUUCUGCAACUUUUCUAAUGCUGCUGAAAGCCCUUACUGGAUCUUCAUGCUUAUUACUCUAUAAAACAUGAUAUCUGCAAACCAGAGAAGAAAAAAAUAACUUAUGAAACGAUUCGUUCUAUUGUUUUUGGAUAUAAAUCCUCUAUUAUUAAAGAAAAAACAAAGAAAAAGUAAACUUUACCUGAAACUAUUUCUAUGAAACUCAUAAAAAACGUUCAAACUGAACCCUUCAGCCUUAUGCUAAAAUCAUUCAUUGCGCAUUUCAAUCCCGUUUAGUUUAUGAUUCUUCGUCUACAAUGUUUCCAAAGUUUUAAAGUCGUCCUGAAAUUUCCAAUUGACCUUGCUCUGUUUUAUUUUUCAUUUGUCCUUUUGUUGAUUGCUUUGUCACUUACAAAUUAAGCAAAAACAAGAAAUAUCUUAUCUGCCAAAUAUCAAAAGCUCAAACGAGUAAGCACUCUGUUAAUCAUUUGUUCGUAGGAUGCGAGACAACCUCUUUCCCUCGUUUCUCUCUGACAAGGCUUUAAUGAGCAAUGAGCAACAAGGUGAAUCCACCAAUGUUUCAUGCGCCGUGCAAUUGCAGUAAUACAAACAAGCAGUUAAUGUUUUAUCUGUUUUAGAAUUUCAUUGGGGACAUCAUAAAUUGUUUGGAAUCCAUACUUCUUGUCUCUACCGGUUUCGAAAUCCCUAACAGCGACAUCAAACUUCACUGCGAAGGAUUUCGAUGGCCAUUUUGACGAUCUAUUUCUGCUUUGUCUGAUUGGUGUCGCUUUCCCAUAUUAUCGGAUUUACAAAUCCUAAGCUACGGCUGUUGCCGCUAUUCGCAUCAAGAACCAUCGCUAACAUUAUCAGUGGAUAGAAAAUUUUUUUUCUCCAUCAUCCACAAAAUCAUGAAUACAGGAUCAUAAAAUCUGAUAAUCUUUAUAUGUUGCUUAUUUGUUUUUACUCUCUCCUUACCUUUUCUGUAGCGUUGGAAAUUUGCCUCUUGUUUUUGGAUCGAUUUGGUUCAUCUGUUCCUAUUACAGAAAACUGCGCUAAAACCACCACCAUCUGAAUUGAAAUAAUUGCUCCUAUUUUCUGCUUAUGAAAAUUGUUGAACCGCUUUAAAACGAAUUUUGGCACUUGGGUUAGUCGAAUCUGACACUUUCCUAUUUGUUUGAGCUUUGUCUAUAAACUAUCAAUUGAGUCCUUUAAUCAAGUGGAUUCCUUUGUUGUAAACAACCCAAAAACGUUGUCAGCAAUAAACCAAAAGCAAAAAGAGCAUUUCAUUAGUUAAAAAAAAAAAGAAUCCAUUAGAUUCAUUGCAUAUCAUUCUUCUGGGUUCACCUGGCGUUACGGCUUUUCAUUUUCAUUUGCUAUUUUUUGGAAGCUUAAAAAAAUAAAAAAGAAUAACUUUUAAUUUACAGUAAUUUAUAUCUCCUUCUUCGUUUUCGUUUUUAAUCGAUCUUUAUUUCCAUAUACUGGGUGAUACUUAAUUUUGACCGACCAUGGCUGAUAUACAUACUAUCCCUACACCUGCUUCGCUGAAUCCUACACCAGCAUUGAAAGAAGUGGUGACAAACUACAUAACUUCUUUUGCACCCUCCGUUACUCCAACUGGAAGCAGUGGUGGUGAUGUCCGACACGAAAACCUCAACAAGUUUUUCGACAAUGGUAAUAUUAGUUGGAUGCUCACAUCAACAUGUUUAUGUUUAAUCAUGGUCCCGGGUGUUGCUUUUUUCUAUUCUGGACUUGCUCGACGUAAAAAUACAUUAGCCUUAAUUAUGCUCUCUAUGCUCGGUUUAUGCGUGACUUUGUUUCAGUGGUAUUUCUGGGGCUAUUCCCUUGCUUUUUCUCAAACUGGUACCUCCGGAUAUAUUGGUAAUCUGCGUCAUUUUGCCUUCAUUCGCACUUUGGCAGAUUACUCACCAUCAAGCAACUAUGUUUCCGAACUUGUAUUCGCAAACUUUCAAGGGAUCUUUGCGGCCAUCACGGUCGCACUGUUUACCGGUGCCGCUGCAGAGCGUGGCCGUAUUGGGCCAAUGCUCUUGAUCACCUUUAUUUGGCUCACUGUCGUCUAUUGCCCCUUGACUUGUUGGAUUUGGAAUCCAAAUGGAUGGGCAUAUAAGUGGGGUGUAUAUGAUUUCGCUGGUGGUGGUCCAGUUGAAGUAGGGUCUGGUUUUGCUGCUCUGGCUUAUACUGUCUGUUUAGGCCGUCGUUCCAAAUUUUUAGCUGAACAAUAUCGCCCUCAUUCGGUCUUGAACGUCGUUUUGGGGACUGCUCUCCUUUGGUUUGGCUGGCUUGGUUUUAACGGUGGAAGUGCUUAUGGAUCGAACCUUCGUGCAGCAAUAGCCAUCACCAACACAAACCUGACGGCUGCUACAGCAGGUCUUGUCUGGGUUCUUUAUGAUUACAUUUUCAAAACUCGAAAGUGGACUACGAUUGGAUUUUGUUCCGGUGUAGUGGCUGGUUUGGUUGCCGCAACUCCUUGUGCUGGAUUCGUGAGUCCUCAUACUUCUUUGGCAAUUGGUGCAAUUACUGGUCUAAUUUGCAAUUGGGCCAUUUUAUUAAAGACACAUAUGAAGAUUGACGAUGCCAUGGAUAUAUUUGCCAUUCACGGUGUUGCUGGUUUUGUCGGUACCAUUUUAAACGGUCUUUUUGCCGUUGACUACAUUGCAGCCAUGGACGGAACCUUUGUUGGUGACAAUGCCAUCCGAGGUGGAUGGUUCAAUCAUCAUUGGCGCCAACUGGGUUUGCAAGUGGCUUACAUUUGUGCAGUCGCUGCAUAUGACUUUGUUGUUACUUUUAUUAUUUUAUUUAUUGCAGACAAGAUUCCCUUCUUGCAGCUUCGUGUUACACCUGACGCGGAAGAAAUCGGUGUGGACGCUGACCAAAUUGGUGAAUAUGCGUUUGAUUAUAUAGAAGAGCGACGUGAUUACAAACAAUGGAAGAUUUCUCCUUCUGGAAUUCCUGAAGAAAUUGUUGUUUCUAAUGGAAUUCCCCACCCUACAGGCAACGUCGCGGCUCCCGGUAAAGUAUUAGAAGUAGCUGGUCAGCCGAAUAUUGAUUUUGCUGUUUAAUAUGUUGUUUGUUUGUUUGUUUGUAUUAAUCACAUGGACGAACCAUGCAAUGCUGAUAAUGGUUUGAAAUUUAAUACCCAACUAAAAAAAAUUCUACGUGCAUUCUGGACGGAAGUCUUAUUUAAUGCGAAUGAUUUUUCAUUUUAAAAUCUUAUUAUUUUGUUAUUAAUUAUUCAAUACUUGUCUUUUGGAAUUUAAAAUUCUAGUGAAAAAAUACGAAAGAAAAAGAACUCUCUUCUUCUUCGCCGGCUGGCAAUAGUUAUCAUACACUUACGAACCCCUUUACUAAAAUAAACUAAAAUUCACAUUGAUUUCUUUUCAUCUUAGUAUACUCUAUUUACGGUUUGUAUGUUUAACGUCUACUCCUU